AGUUGAACUGCGCCGUUGCUGCUCAGACUACCAAUAGCCCUUGUUUCAACCUCUGUUCCGAUACUCAGUGAUGGGAGCAGAGUACUCUGGUCCGCUUGACUGCAUGCUUUGACUCAGCAAGCUCCCUCUGCCGCGUGCCCGUUGUCCAUCUCCGCUUCACGGAAGGCAAACGAAAGCUCCUCUGCCGCCUGCCGUCCACCCACCGCAUCUUACUUCUACACCAGCGGCAACGAGAGCCGGUGCAUGUUCUACGACUCCGAUUUCCACAACUUCAAUCUGCCAUUUUGAUCCUCCAUAAAGCGGCCUUUGAGGCCACUCUCCAAUGCCGUCAUGAAAGCCGGACCGCUUCUCAUUCAGUGGCACCAAGAGAGCCAGCCCAUCUAUUCGGUCCACUUCGAUCCUCAUGGUAAAGGGAGGCUAGCUACGGCUGGAAAUGAUAACAAUGUCCGGUUAUGGAGCGUUGAAGCUCAGGGCGAGGAGAGAAAAGUCACAUAUCUAUCAACCCUCACCAGACACACUCAACCCGUCAAUGUCGUCCGAUUUUGCCCCAAAGGUGAAAUGCUUGCCUCGGCCGGGGACGAUGGCAACGUCCUUCUCUGGGUACCCUCCGAAUCUUCCAUGGCCACCAUGACCGAUGAACAUGCCGAUGAUAAGGAAACAUGGAGGAUCAAACACAUGUGCAGAACGUCUACCGGAGCAGAAAUCUAUGAUCUGGCCUGGUCUCCAGAUGGUCAAUAUUUCAUCACAGGGGGAGUUGACAACACUGCGAGGAUCUUUAACGCACAUACCGGGACCAUGAUCCGCCAAAUAGCAGAACACAGCCAUUUCGUGCAAGGUGUGGCUUGGGACCCUCUCAAUGAGUUUGUUGCAACCCAGUCAUCGGAUCGUUCGGUUCACAUCUAUGCUCUCAAGCUCAAAGAUGGCACGCCCACACUUUCCACUCACGGAAAGUUCAACAAGAUGGAUCUGCCCGGUAGGCGAAUAUCGUCCAACAGCCCAGCACCGGCAGAGUUAACGCACCGUGCAUCGAACUCAAGUGCCAACAACUUGGCCAUUGCUUCCCCUGCGCCCUCAAAUCCAGGAACCCCUCUGACCACACCUCUCCCUAUGGAUCCUCCCCUUCUAACCUCAAGCCGGCGGUCAUCAUUUGGCUCGUCACCUUCAUUCCGAAGAUCUGCUUCGCCAGCACCUUCGUUACCGCUGCCAGCUGUGAGACCAGAAAUUUCGUCCCCGAGUCUGAAUGCAGCCAUGGGUCUUGCCGUCAAGAACACGAAUCUGUACCACAACGAAACCAUGACCUCUUUCUUCCGUCGUCUCACGUUCUCACCGGACGGCAGCCUGUUGUUUACACCUGCGGGACACUACAAGACCAGUUUCCCAACGGCGUCUGAUCCAAUGAAGACCAUGGACGACGUGACAAACACGGUCUACAUCUACACCAGAGCUGGCUUCAACAAGCCUCCAGUGGCGCACCUUCCAGGGCACAAGAAGCCCUCCGUGGCGGUCAAGUGCUCUCCUAUCCUCUAUACCUUGCGGUCCACCCCAAAACCGACAAACCACAUCACGAUCGACACCUCGUCGGCGAGCGAGGAGAUACCGCUCCUACCAGAUCCUAUAGUCCCACAGAAUCCAUCAAUGGUUAUGGAGCCUCCACCUUUGUCGGCCACUACUCCUGGUCCUGAUUCAAUGUCCGCUCCUUCACCGAAACCAUCGCUCGACGGAGAGCCUGCCAGCCCUGCACCGACACCAGCCUUCUCCCUCCCGUAUCGAAUGAUCUACGCUGUGGCGACGCAGGAUGCAGUGUUUGUCUACGACACUCAACAAACGACACCUAUUUGCGUUGUUAGCAACCUCCACUACGCUACGUUUUCAGACUUGACCUGGUCAAAUGAUGGCCUUACCCUCCUGAUGUCCUCUACGGACGGCUUUUGCUCGACUUUGGCGUUCGCACCGGGUGAAUUGGGGCAGGUUUACACAGGCCCCCAUCCAACAUACAGCCAUCCGGUUGUUACAACAUCGAUACCUUUACCAACUUCUUCUGCGAAUUCAACACCUGUUCCCACGCCUACUGCUACGGCGUCUCCUUCACUGACAAAAGCAUCUCCUGUUCCUGUACCACCAUCGCAGCCUUCUCCAGCACCAUUUAUUCUUCGUCCCGGAAGUCCGACAAGAUCCAAUUCGCAGUCAUCGAUAGCUACAAUGACGUCGAUUCAAACUUCAGGCCUUCCAAACAAUGCUACUCCUACUUUGGGGCAUGUGCCCCUGGUGACAGCCUCUAAUUCCGGGCCUCCGGUGGCCAUUCCACCCAUGACAACGCCACCUCAGACUCCUGCAAGUGUCCACGGCGGGCAACAUUCUGCUACAAGCUCCAUUAGUGGUUCCGUCUUGGGCAAGAGAGAUGGGGCAACAAGUGAAAGCGAAAAGGAGGAAAGCAAGUCGAAGAGACGGAGGAUUGCUCCCACGCUUGUUGGUCCUUCAGGCUCGACCGAGAAUGCUAAGGAGGAGGGUAACUAAAUUGUUAUCUGGUUUCGAUUGCUCUUAUUUCUUUUGUGACAGGGCUUUUGUCGAUCUUUAUCUCAAGGGGCUGACUUCCAAGCCUCUACUGGGCUAGCACGGAGUCAAAUACGUAUCGCUGGGAAGCGGCCUUUUCGCUGCAAAGGGCGGAAAUUUGGUAGAAUGGGCCUCGAUGGCGGCAGAAUGUAGCAAAAUAUGAUCGAGCUUAAGAUUUUAGCAGCGCCGUCAUACGCGAAGCCUCGUCACUCCGUGCAAUUGCGCAC